AUGUCAAUUAAAUUUGAUUUCACCGGAAAGGUAGCUCUGAUAACUGGUUCGAGUUCGGGUAUCGGUGCCGGCAUUGCUGAACUGUUUGCCAAAUCGGGUGCCAAUGUUGUAGUUACCGGUCGUAAUGCCGAUCGUGUGGCCAAAGUGGCCAAACAGUGUACAGAUUUGUCACCGAAACAGUUGACUGCACUGGAAGUCGUCGGCGAUAUGACUAACGAUGAGGAUUGCAAUCGACUGAUUGAGACAACUGUCCAAACGUUUGGCAAAAUUGAUAUAUUGGUCAACAAUGCAGGAAUGGAUAAGUUAGCCGAUCCUAACAGUGAUGACUAUUAUCAACUGUUUUUAAGUGUUAUGCAAACAAACUUGUAUUCAGUGGUAUAUCUAACACACAAAUGUGUGCCAUAUUUGGCCAAAACUCGGGGCAAUAUUAUCAAUAUAUCGAGUAAUGGAUCAAAAGUAACGAUUAAUGGCUAUUCUCCGCACUGUAUGUCCAAAGCAGCGGUGGAUAUGUUUACCAAAUGUAUGGCCGCAGAGUUGGGACCCAAACAUCAUAUCAGAGUUAAUUCAGUCAAUCCCGGUGUAGUAUUGACCGACAUUUUAGUACAUAAUAAUAAUACUAUUAGCCGUGAGGUUAGCAAUCAAUUACUCAAUGCUGUCGGUGCCAAAUGCCCGGUCGGUAGGCCUGGCCAGCCCGAAGACAUUGCCAAUACUGUUGCCUAUUUGGCCAGUGAUACGGCGGCCGGGUUUCUGACCGGCAGUAAUGUUCUGGCCGACGGCGGAUACAUUGCGGCCAAUGUUUCGUAG